CAAUUGACCAUCCGAGAUUUCUUCAUCAUCGCUUCCACCCACAAGGCAGGAAAAGAAAACCGAGCUCUCCAUCUUCCGGCACUCGUGCUGUUGAGAUAUGCUUAUUAUGACUACUGACUCUUCACUUUUAAAGUUUCUACAUACUCUUCAGUCCAUGAUCAUACCUUGAUUGCCCACCCGAAGCACCCCUCUCUCUCUGUUGUUGCCUGAGAGACGCCACCCUCACUUCGAGUCAACCAUACUCCCCUCCAUCAAGCGACAGCGCACCACGAAGCGAGACAUCUUGAAACAUUCAGUAAGGGCCUAAAUCAAUGAGGCCCUUUACACCUACGACCAGGAAUUUCUCUGGUCCAGCCCCAAGGAGCUCUACGCCUGUCCGCUCCAUCCUCAAACCUGCAUCUGUCUUGGGGAGGAGAAAGGCCGAGUAUGCUGGACUGAGCGACCCCGUCGACGCACCCGAGAGCCCCACGAAACGCCGCAAAAUCUUGAUAGACGAAACCCGAAACGUGACGUACGAAGUCGGACGACGGACCAUGGAUGAGGUGAAGCUCGAAGUCAGGACUGCCCUUGAAGAGCACCUGAGAGGAAACGACAGCCAGUACGACACAUUGAAGGAACUCUUCGCCAGCGACAAGCAGCGGUACCUACCACCCGUCGUUGGAGAGGAAGAUGAUACCCUGAAACCCCACGAACUCCAGGUUUACGUGGUGGCUCUUACUGGAUGUGUUCCCAUUCUCAAAAACAGGCUCUGUAAUGGUCUCGUCCAUACUGUUCUGAAUUGCUCCUGGCUUGGACGAGACGAUGCCUUCGUGAAAGUGUUUACUCAUUUCCUGGCGGCCUUGGUCAGCGCCCAGGGUUCGUACCUGUCACCAGUUCUGAUGAUGAUGGUGGGGAAAUUCUGCGACAGUCGAUCUUCAGUGUGGAGUGUCCCAGAUUUUCCUGAGGUCAGCCGCGAGACCAUGCGCAAUCGACUGCACAGCACCCUCCAGUACUUGCUUCAGAUGUUUCCUUCCGCAAUCUCAGUGCUUGAGGAACUCCUCGUGAGCAAGUUGCCUUUCCACAACGAGUCCAUGCGUGUACACAUGGCAUAUGUCGACAACCUUCUUCGUAUCAAGGACUAUGUGCCCGACUCGCGUGACGAAGUUUUUGAUAUUAUCCUGAAACGAGUUGUCCAGAUCGACUCUCAGAUGCAAACCGAUCUGGAAGAUCUGGACGAUGAUGUAACUGCUGCCGUCAUGUACGCACUGCGCGAACAUUCAGGAGGAGAUGCGUGGGAGAACGACGGCGAUUCCGACGACGAGAGCGAUGCGGAAUCGGUCCACAGCGACGACCCCGAUUUCGACGAGAAUGUCGCCAGAAUCAAGUCGAUCAAGGGAAGCGUUGAAAAGAUGGAUGCCAUGAUGGAUACAUUGUUCAGCGUCUACACUCCUCAUUUUACCAAUCCUGGGUCGGACACCGCAUUCGACAUGUUUACUGUCCUAUUGCGCGAGUUUGAACAGCUGGUGCUGCCUACAUACAAGUCUCGACACACGCAGUUCCUUAUUUUUCAUUUUGCUCAGAUGCAUGAGCGCCUCACAGACGCAUUCUGCGGCCAGCUCAUUGCCACUGCGUUCCAGGGAAACACGCCCAACGUCCUUAAGCAAUCUGCCGCAGCAUAUCUCGCCAGUUUCGUGGCUCGUGGCGCUCAUCUACCAAGCGGCCUGAUCCGAAGUAUCUUUGGGCUUCUUUUACAUCACUUGGACCAGUACCGCAAGAAAUACGAACCAUUAUGUCGGGGGCCAGACCUGAUGCGAUUCACACCAUACUACAGCCUCGUUCAGGCCACGCUCUACAUAUUCUGCUUCCGCUGGCAGGACUUGAUCGUAUCGACUCCGGAGUUCGUGGACCCCGAGGAUCCAGCUUCAUACAUUGGUCAGGAGAUGGAGUGGAUGGGAACAUGCAGAAAAGAUCUUUCCGUGCAGAUCUUUAGCAAACUCAACCCCCUCAAGGUCUGCGCGCCCGUGAUCGUCGAGGAAUUCGCCAAGAUCUCCCAUCGUCUCAAUUUUAUGUACGUCUAUCCGUUGGUGGAGAGCAACAAACGCGUUCGCUUGACGCAGUAUCUCACGGCCACCUACUCGACAGGAGGAGCCCUUCGAGAUGCUGGUUAUGAGACACAAGAUGAGAGCUUCCAUCAGUUAGACCCUUAUUUCCCAUUCGACCCUUAUCAGCUGCCAGUUAGUAAAAGGUGGCUCGAGAACGACUACGUGCAUUGGAAGGCGGUGCAAGGGCUAAACGCCGAGGACGAGGACGACAGCGAAGAUGAUAUGGAUGACGACCUUGAUGAGGACGAGAUUGAGGAGGGCACAGCGACGGAUAGCGAUGGUGAAGAUUAUGAAUAGAGACGUGGCAUAGUCAUUUACGACGGAAGCAUGGUUUGCGAUUUGUGGUUUACAAAACACAGCAAGGCGUUGGGGCGGAUUUGUUUGAUUUAUAAAGGCUUGGUUCUAUACCCGAGGGUGGUUCGGAUGUGAAACGAUCUCGAAAGUUACCAUGAGAUGAGAGCGAGUUAUGGAAUGCGCAUUCACUCUUCUAGACAGCGGGCAGAAAAGGAGAAGUUUACAACCCAAGAUAUAUCCCUUUAGAGUUUUGUGUCACCA